GAUUACCAUAGUGAUAAAAUUUCUGAUACUGAUAUCAAGAAAGCCAUUAGAGAGCAGAGAGACAAAGAUCAGAAUAAUGAAAAUAAUCACAAUGACCAAGUGGUCAAAGUGCUAGAUAAACCCUAA